AUGGCCACCUCCACUGCCGCUGCUGCUAAGGGUGUCUAUCGGCAACUUCUCCGGUCUACCCGGGUGGCCUUCCAUAACGAUCCCCCAAUUUUCAUCGCUGCGCGCCAGGAAGUUCGCAAGAAGUUUGAGGAGAACCGUCGGUCCGCUGUCGACACUGGAAUGCAAAUUAAGCACGGGAUUGAGGUUGCGGAUAUCCUGCGCCACAACAUCGUCCAGGGCUCGAGAGAGCAGGGAGAUGAAGCUGCUAAGUGGGAACUCAAUAUUCACGACCAGAUUGAACGCGGUGAUAACGACUCUGUCAAAAUCGGCGAUCAGAAUGUGAAAAUCCACAAGGCUUGCUCGUCAUGA